AUGGCGGGUUCUAGUUCUAGUGCUAGCAUUCAAGGGGAAGCUAGUGCUGCUUUCGAUGAGACGGUGGAGACACAUUCCAAUCUGAGGUGCUUUCUUGACAGUGUGACUCCAAUUGUUAAGGCACAUAGGGUUCCUAUGGCACCCUACUAUUUUCCACAGCCAAACGACUAUAAUGGAAACAUUGGAUAUGGAGUCAAAUAUUUCUACCUUGGAGAUCUUUGGAAUUCAUUCUAUAAGUGGAGUGCCUGUGGUGUUGGUACUUCAGUGUGCAUUGCUCCGGGUGAGACAAUAGAGCAAUACUUUGUGCCGUAUCUUUCAGCCAUGGAACUGUACACCAACGCGACAAAUGUUCCUGCUUCAAAUAGGUUCAACGCAUACAACCAGCAUGGUGCAAUAGAUUGGAGUCAUGGAUAUCAGACGCCACCAAACAUGUCCAAGGUCGGAGUUGAAAGCAAGGGGGAGUUGGUCUUCAAGUAUUUUGAACCUGACUCCCCUUACGAAAGGGUACCUUUCGUAGACAAGGUGUACGAGCUAUACACUAAAUGGCCUUUCAUAACAUCUUUGAACAGCUUAGAGCUCUCACCAUCAAGUUGGAUGUCAGUUUAUUGGUAUCCAACAAGUCAUAUCCCUGCGAAAAAUCGAAAAGAUCUGAAUACUUGCUUUUUGACAUACCAUAACCUCUCAACAUCUGAAGGCAUUGUGUCUUUAGAUAGUGUGCACGACUCCAAUCAUGUGGUGCUUGCCCCGUUCGGCCUUGCAACAUUCAGGCUAGAUCCCAAAGUGUGGGUUAAUCCAAACUCGGAUGACCAAAAGCAUAUUGCUUCUCUGUACGAUGCAGCACAGUCAUGGAUCAAGAAGCACGGCAUCGACCACAAUGACUUCAACCACUUCUCCAACCACUUCUCCUAUAGAUGCUCCUCCACAUGA